AUGUCUCUCACACUCCGCCGCCUCUAUAGCACUAAACCCACCACCGCCGCCCAAACAAUCGCCUCCACUUUCCUUUCCACCCUCCAAGCGCGAGCACCACGGCUAUGUUUCCGCUCCCAACUCCUCGACAUAAACCAACUCGCCCAAUUACGUGCUUCCCUGCUCCACCACUCCCUUUCCCGUCUCGCUCUACACCUACCCGUUCCUCCCUGUUACCACCUUGUAUAUUUUACACCAUCUGAACGAGAAGAUGCGCUUGGAGCCGAUGGAUCAGAUGUGGGACUCAUCAAACCCCCACGCCCAUUUACGAGACGCAUGUGGGCGGGUGGAGAGCUAGAAUGGGUACGGGAGAAUAAACUGCGUGUGGGGCAGAUGGUGCAGGAGAAGACGGAGGUCAAGAGUGUUGAGGCGAAGGCGUCGAGCAGUGGAGAGGAUAUGUUGGUUGUGGGGGUUGAGAAGCAGUUUGAGAAUUCGGAGGGGCUGGCGCUUGUGGAACGGAGAAACUGGAUAUUCAAACACGAAAUCGAUCCGCAAAAUCGCCCUCCUCUCCCUCCACUACCCCCUCCUGCCUCCUUCACAGACGCAAGACACUGGCGUGAUAUUACGAAUACAUCCAUCUCACUUUUCCGCUUCUCAGCCCUCACUUUCAACGCGCAUAAAAUACAUUAUGACCGUGACUGGUGUCGAGAAGUCGAGGGACAUCGGGAUUGCGUCGUGCAUGGGCCGUUGAAUCUAAUACAUAUGGUUGAUUUAUGGAGUAGUGUGAUGGCUGUCAGGUUUGCGGAUCGUGCUGAUGUUGAUGUUGAUGUGAAUGUGGAUUGGGAUAAGGGUGUGCUUUUACCGAAAAAGGUCACGUAUAGAGCCAUGAGUCCGUUUUAUGUGGGAGAUAAGUAUAGGAUUUUGAUGGGGGAGGAGAGGGAGAAGGUGACAGAAAUGAAGGUGGUGAAUGGGUCUGGGAAAGUGGGCAUGAUGGGGAGCAUUGAGAGGUGGUGA